UAGUAUUGACCCUGAAUGAUACAAUGGCUAUUUUUAGCACUGUCGGAUUGUCCCAAGAUCACGGCAACAAGCUCCCGAGUAACAGCUAUCACAAACGGGAAAACAUUUCUAACGGUUUACUUUACCAACACUCUCAACAGCAUGGAUAGAAAUACACCAGCUGAUGGAUUUAGUUCACUUACAAAUGGCAGCGCAGAAAGCAGAAACCACAGUGACGAAGCAGGGUCGUCUGCCAAUGUUGAUGUAGGCUCUGUGUGUAGGGCCAACACCUUGGAGGAGAACAUGGAUGGAGAUCCAAGCAGCAGUCGACUCACAAUGGAUGUGGAUCACACGUCAAACAGCGACGAGGAACUUGACGCUGUUGACAGUGUUGAGGCAGGCAGUCCACGUGCAGCCAACAACUUGAAGGAAAAGAUGGAGGGCAAUUCUGGAAGAUGUGUUUUGAGAACGAUGAGUGAAAAGGAAAGCAUGGAUGUUGAGGAAAGCGAAAACGGCAGUGAGGAGGUUGGUUCCAUUGAUGGUGGAAUUACGCACAGAUCCAACAACUUGAAAAAGAGAGAUGGUUCUUCUGGCAGUUGGUCUGUGAGAACGAUUUCUAAACAGGACGUCAUGGAUGUUGAACUGAGUUGUGAUGGCGAUAAAAGCAGUUCCUUGGUAAAUGAUGAUUCACGUGAGAAUGAAACAUCGGCAGAAUUCACUCGCCAUAUAACUGAUGAAGCAUGUGGCAUACUUGAAGACUCCAAACAAAUGGACAUACUAGCUGCCUUUGCGAGGGAUUGCCGUGUGCCCAGUUCACCGUCUAUAGAAUGUUCUGUGAAAAAUCUGUACAAAAUACCAUCCAUUAACCCAACUACGUCUCACUCAAAAAAGGUUAAGCAUCAUACAGAAAACCCGAAUCACUCCGCAGCAACGAAAGAUAGUUUCAGCACAUGGGGAAUUUCAGAAAGCAAACAUGAACAAUCCGAAUCUUCUCCAGCCGUGCCCUUUGUAGCCGAGGACGCCACUGUGACCCGUUUGGUUAUCUUGGGGUCGGAGAAGAACUGUGGCAUAUCGGAGAUUGUGACUCGCGCCAUCGAGAGAGCCCAAGAUGGCUUCCCGGACGCUGCGGUCGAGGUGGUGGUGCACCUGGUGAACAUCAACAAUAUCAGCCUGGGGACGGUGACGAGCGAGUGUCACAUCAUAAUCAGGGCGCUGAACCCAGGACACGAGAUGCAGCCGCCGCCCAUUGACAGAACUCUGGCUGCAGAUCUCCAAGUUGAUUAUCCCAGGCCUCUGGGUUUCAGCGUUGAACCCCCGGUUCUGAAGGACAUGGAAGUGUACGACAGUCGAUACAACAAAGUGACCGCGGGAAACAUAAUCUGUCUGGACUACGGUCUCUACUCACACUUCGCAGUUUACCUCGGUUCUGGGUUCAUUGCUCACUAUGGAAACGAUGGUGUGACGUGUGAAAAGCUGUUUGAAGCAGUUGGUUCGGGCACCUUUUUAAGAUUUGACGACCUUGACCGUGUAUACAGACCCAAGCCCACUCGUGACGUCAUAUUGAGAGCCAUAUGUCGAAUGCGUGAUCGACGGUUUUUCGACUCCGCCAGUUUUGCCACUUGGUGUCGCUACGGUCGACCAAUCACGAUCGCUGAUCGAUCCGAGUCCACCAGUCUGCCAUUUUUACUCGGAUUAGCAUCGUGAACAGGUGCAGAUCCAGAGGUGUGUGUGUAGGUGUGCUGGGGUGCUACCCCCACAUUUCGAAGAGCAUCGUAAGGUUCAGUGUUUAGCAGAUGAUUGAAAAUACCGACUUUUAUUUAUUUUAGCGGGAGACGUUACAUAUAAUAUUUUCUUCUUUUUAAAAUAGUUUAUUAUUCCCAGAAACAUAUAAGAUAGUGUCAGGGUUGGGGGCCCUGAUAUCAAUACCUUACAGUCGUGCUAAUAUAAACAUAAUAUAAAUACUUAUUAUAUACAUAGCAAUGAAAUAUAUAGAUCUAUGGAAACCAUAAAAGUGAUAUCCGGUGAAAAGUCAUAUUUUGACUGUAUUUUAGCUACAGUGAAAAU